CACUUCUUUUGCCUAGAGUUUCGAACGUUCCAAGUGGCGUUGCACAGCCUCCUGGCACGGGCGCAUACUUGUUGGUAUGUAUAGUAGACGUCGUAGCAAGCACGUCUGCAUCCAUGUCAUGAAGUCCAACCUUGCAAUGCGAUCAUGGCGAUUUCUGAUGUCUUCGAAAGGGCGCAGAAGUGGGGAACACUGCCGAACCGAGGCCGACAGCAAUAGAACUAACGAACAGCACCUCGAUACACAACCACCACACGUCGUGCCGGAUGCCCGCGAUAGUCGACCGACAUUCCAUCAUGAGCUCGAGCAGCCUGCACGGCAGGAGGGAGAAGCACUCGUCAUCCAGGGUGACAUCACACAAGAGCUGCGACGACAAUAUGUCCAACUUCUGCGCAGACGCGCGAGGGUUGAACACAUCAGGGUGGAAGCUCAGCAAGCCUUGCAGCAGUCCAGUGAUGCGCGUCGCUUCUUCCACGAGUCCAAGCACGAAUUGAUGAAGUACAUCCGAGAUCAAGGUGGAGGUUAUAGCCUCGAUCAACCGGCAUUCUUGACACUAUGCGACAACAUGCUUGUCGACUCCGACACCGCGGAUGCGAAGGCUACAACGGCUAAAAAUCUCCAAGGCAAGCUCAGCAGCCAUGAGUACCGACUGCGGGAAAGUGAAAUUGCAUUUUCAAAGCAAUUGGACGAAUUUCUGAAAUCGACUGGCGCGUGGGAUAGUACUCAGCUAGAUCAAGUUCGCCUCGAAAACACUUCGACAACAACGUCACAGAGCACACUUUCUCCAAUUCUCGACCCAUUGCUGCAAACAUACUACGACAAGGCGGGAGAUGUACGGCUUCUCGGGGAAGAGCUCGCGGACCUUGAUGUUGAACACCAGCAGGCACUCAGCAUCCGAGCCUUGGAGAGAGACCAGGGCAAAACGCCGAGUGAAACAGAGUCUUGUUACGAACGAAGUUAUCAAGCCUCGCGCGCCGCUCUUGAAAAGCAGUUCGGCGACGCUCUUGCAGCGGCUGAUGCUAUCAGGAGACAGUAUUUCUCAGAGAUCUCAAGCUCGCUGCCGGACCUGCCUCUGGAUGAAUUUGUGCUCCCUGAGCCUCUUUUCGAGCCGCGAAGCCCUGAGCAGAACCGUGAGUCCAAUCAAGAUGCAACUUCCACAGCAGCUAGCUCGCGAUCUACAUGCGCAGAACGUAAACAGGAAAUGGUCCUGGAAUGGGCGAACCAAAUACAGGAAAUUGCAGACAAGCCCCCAAUCAGACCAGUCACCAACGAAGAAGUUGACGGGAAACCGCCGACAUUCUUGGUCACACAAGAAGACGUUGACGCCAUGCAGAGAAUCGACCUGGACAAGUGGGGAUAUGUACAUGUUCAGCGCCCGCGAAGGCAUAGCAGUGUGAGCCAUUUGCGGUGGAAAGUGAAUGAGGCUAAUAAGCACCUGUGAUCCAGCGGCGACUUGACCGCAAGACCUUUGUACCAACACAUAUCUCCUCUGUAUUCGUAUUCCUCUGUAACACGAGACCAAAAACAGGUUCAUGAGCAAUCAAAUUCUUUUCGCCCCAGCAGAUGCUGGCUCUGGAC